CACCAAAGCAAAGGGAAGCAGUUGGUGUUCAUAAACAAGUCUGUAUCAAAACAAUUACAGAUCAGUUAUAGUUUCGAGCCAGCCGUCGGCCACCGCCCGUUAAAUAUACAUUUGUCAGACUGCAAUCAGAGGGCCAAGGGAGCAAACAUAUACACAAUGAUUGGAAAGAUAUUUGCACAUUUCCUUGGUAGCACAGACAAUGAUUUUUCCACAGAUGACAAUGAAACCUAUGAGGAGCUCAUUGAGUUUGAGGACGGAGGAUGGGUCGUUAUCAACAUUCAAGAGAGCAACUCCCUGACCCCGCCUGAGGAAGACCCUUUGGAGAACCUGCUGAUUGAGCAUCCCAGUAUGUCUGUAUACCAGAUCAGACACCAGACCAGUGAUGAGGAAGACUCAGAUGAAGAGGAUGCUUCUCCCAGGCCUGUGCCAGUCAAACAGCAUGUGUCCUGGAGGUUAGCUGCCUGGGGCAGCCCGCUUCCAUGCAACGUCCAACUGCUUGCCAUACAGCAAGCCAGGACUCACGUGGAGUGCAAGAAGCUGACCAGGAGUGCUUUCCAGAGACAGAACCUUGCCAAGAUGCGAUUCUCCCCCUCGGACAGACGCUUUGGUCACUUCAAACAACCCUGCCAGCGUCUGUACAACUACUGAGUGUCUACUGAGGAACCACGUCACUGUCUGAAGCCACUUAACAUACAGACCGUAGACAUAUUACCUUGUCAAUUUCUUUACCCUGAUUAAGGGAAUCCCCUUUGCUGAGUAUGUUAUUAACAUGCUGAGCCCAGUUUGAGAGUGAAAUAGCCUUGAGUAGAUGUGUGUGCGCAUGUGAAAAGUAUUAUAACUGGCUUGUUACUGUUAAGUCUUAUAGCUCUGAUAAACUGUUAUUUAGUGUAUGAAAUGCAAAAGGUUUUAGCACUUGCAAAUAUGAAUUUUAUUGAAUAUGGUAUACAUUUUGCUAUUACUUUGUGUGCCUUAGAUUUAGAUACGUUGUGGGUAUAUUGCUUUCAGGAAAAGUUGUUAAUUCAGUUUCAUAGCUAUGAAAAGCUAUUUUGUAUAUGAUAUGUGACGACAAAAAACAUCACUUGAGUAAUUGGACCUCUGAACAAAUACAAUGUAUGUAAGGAUUACCAAAUAAUGAUGAACACUGUUUUCUAAUGUAUGUUUUCUAAUUGUGUGAUUCACUUUGUUUUCAUACAUUUAUUCCCAGUGUGUUCGUAUGUUUGCUAUACUGCUACAAGACCUGUUUGUAAAUAUAUUCAGAUUUUUUUGUUGCUAUUUUGGUGUAUAUUUAAAUGUGAAAAAUUGUUAAACAAGUCUGUUUUGUUUGGGUAUUAUUUGUGUUUUAUUAAAUAGCAUGAGACAACUUCAGUAAUUACAUGUAUUAUUACCACCAAAUGUAUUUCAUUGUUCUGCAUUUAAAAUAUGUUAGUAGCACAUUUAGUGGAUUUCAUUUUCUUCCCCAAGAACUUCUUAACGCUUUCUGGAUCAACAGCAUUUCCCCAAACACCUCCCCUCUUGAAAUGAGAGCCAAUUAUCAUUGCAAUAGCAUCAAGGUAGUGUUCCAUGUUGUAAUGGGUUACUCCUGAGCCAAUAAAAACUGGGAGUCUUACAGACUGCAACAUCUGCAAAUUGAAAAUAAAAGAUUGUUGAGUAAA